AUGGCGAGCUCCUACAUCGCUGCCUUCUCCAGCUCCAAGUCCCACACGUCGGACGCUUCAAGCACGUCCGCUAGAGCCGCCCCGGCUGGGGGGUCCGGCCCCCAACCAGCACGAGUAGCAGCCGGACCCAGCGGUCUGGAACCGGAGGCCACCACACCUCCAAGGGCUGAGCCCAUCCCGGAGGAGGAGGCCGCCGGACCAGCUGCGUCGACCGAGGCGCCCGAGGCAGCAGCAGCACCGGACGCCGAGCUGGAGCCUCCUCCAGCUGAACCAGCAGCGGCAUCUCCGGAGGAGGCGGCACCGGAAGCGGCAGCGGCGCCGGAGGUGGCGCCGGAAGCUGCGGCUGCGCUGGAGGUGGCAGAAGUCGCCCGCACCACCACUCCACCCGCGCAGGAGGAGCCGGAGGUGGUGCUGGGGAGGCGUCUUCUUCCGAGUCCAGCAAAGGUCCCGCUCCCCCGCCUUUUUGCCAAAAGCCUGCAGGUUCAUGAGGAACUGGAGGCAGGGAUCCGACGGGAGUGGGAGAGGCUGGAGGCGGAGCACCACCGGCUCCUCGACUGGGAGCAACGCCUGGGGGACCGCAUCAAAGCGGCAGUGCGGCGGGAGGCGGAUGCCCUCGAGCGGGAGCUCCUGGCGGAGACGAGGGUGCAGGCGGUGGCGGAGCGGGAGAAGAUCUCCCUGGAGUUGGCCGAGCUGGCCAAGAAGGUGGUGGAGGCGACCACGGCGCAGGAGGCCACCCUUGCAGAGCUGGCGGCAGCUGCGGCGAAGAGGGAAGAAGAGCUCGCCGCCCGCGAAGCGAAAGAUGUGGCACAGCUCGAGGAGCUCCAGGAGCGGGAGGCGGCCGUGGAGAAGGAGCUGGCGGCCGGGACCCGGAGGCUCCGGGAGCGCGAAGCGGCCCUCCAGGAGAGGGAGGCGAAGGUGGAGGAGUUCCAGGCGGAACGGAGCGCGAGCACCGGUCGCAUCGUUAGAUGGGCCGGUGAGGUGAACUCCUCCCUGGAAGGUCUCGGCGCAAACCCCAUCUGGGUGGCGGAGGCUCCUUCAUCAUUUAGCGUCGCCCUCCAGGUGCUGGACGCCGCAGCCGAGCGACUACAAGGCCUGGAGUCCGGCAUGCUCGACCUCCUGGAGACAGAAGGGAGAGCAGUUGCCCGGGGGACGGCUAAGUACAUCCUUACCAGCUUCCGAAGCCACGACCCCGCCAUGCAGCUAACUCCCGUUUUGGUUGGUCCUAUCCAGGCGACAGCAGCCGCCGCGAAGGAGGGCGUGCAGGAGGCGGUCGACAUGGUGGUGUCCCGCAUCCGACGCCGUCCCGACACCUCCGGACCACUAGGGCAAUAG